AAUCCCGUCGGCAAAUUAUUGAAUGCCAUUCGCAUUGCGUGUGGUUCUAUCACAGUCACGCGCAAUGAAUUUUUGAUCUAUUUCGCGCAAGUACUUAGUUCAGUCGUUCAAAAUUUAUGGUCGACAUACGUAAGUUAAGGAAUUCAUCAUGGUUGUUCCCAGCAAACCUGAGAGCAACAACGGGUCUAACCCCAAUCCCGUCGUACGGAGGUCAUCUAGCCCGGGAGUCUUGAGUAUUUUGUAUAGUGUCACCAAAAAGGUUGGCACUGUGGCGAUUGUGUACCUCUUGGGGUACUACAAUAUCAGCGUGGCAUGGCUGAUAGGGCCUGUCAUCCUGUCCGUGGUCCGGGACGAGUGGAAGAAGACCUCAGAUGCCCGUAGGGCUUUGGCCAAGGCUGCUGCCAUGAGCAAUGAAAAGGAAGUGAUCAUCGCUCGUAUUGAUGAGCUCCCUGCUUGGGUGUACUUCCCUGAUGUUGAACGAGCAGAAUGGGUGAACAGAAUUGUACGACAACUUUGGCCAAAUGCAAAUCAUUAUGCCCGAGAUUUACUUAGGACUGUUAUUGAACCAAAUAUACGAAAUGCCUUAGCAGCCUUUAAAUUGCCUGGUUUCAAAUUUGAUAAAAUGAUCCUUGGGACCAUUCCAUUCAGAGUAGGAGGUGUUAAAGUCUAUGAUCAUAAUGUUUCUCGGAAUGAGAUCAUCAUGGAUUUAGACUUCUUCUAUGCUGGAGACUGCGACAUAUCAUUUACUCUCAGCGGCAUUCCAGGUGGAAUUAAAGAUUUUCAGCUUCAUGGCAUGUUACGAGUAGUUAUGAAACCACUAAUCCAGACAAUACCACUAGUUGGUGGUCUUCAACUGUUUUUCUUGAACAAUCCUACAAUUGAUUUCAAUUUAGUUGGUGCUGCAGAUGUUCUUGAUGUGCCUGGAGUAAGUGAUAUUUUGCGUCGAAUAAUUGUGGAACAAGUUGCAGCUUUGAUGGUCUUGCCCAACAAGUUGCCAAUUACUCUAAGUGAUGUAGUUCCUGCCCAUAUUUUAAAGACUCCAGAACCUGAGGGUGUCUUAAGAGUACAUGUUGUAGAAGCAAAAGAACUGAUGAAGAUGGAUAUUGGUGUGCUUGGGAAAGGCAAGUCUGAUCCUUAUGCCAUUAUUACAGUGGGUGCCCAGCAAUUCCGCACCCAGAUAAUUAAUAAUACAGUGAGCCCCAAGUGGGACUAUUGGUGUGAGGCAGAAGUAUCUUCGCAGAAGGCACAAAUCAUUACAGUGCAGUGUUGGGACUGGGAUCCUGGUUUCCCUGGGGUCCAGAAUGAUGAUUUUCUGGGGAGGGCAUCUGUUGAAGUAAGCACAGUGGUGAAGAAAGGAGAGCUAGACAUUUGGCUAACUUUAGAAGAAGCUAAACAUGGCAUGGUUCACCUGCGUUUGUCUUGGCAUACACUUACUGAUGACCUUCAGGCUCUACCCCUAGCUUUAGCAGAAACACAACAGCUACGAGUUACUUCUAUGAGCACUGCCAUUUUGAUGGUUUACCUUGACUCUGCUAAGAACUUACCGGAUGCUCGUCCUGGGCGAAGACCUGAUCCCAUUGCCACUCUUGGGGUCGGCAAAGACACACAGAGCACUCAUGGUAUCUUCCGCACCGAUUCUCCUGUAUGGGAGAGAGGUUUUACUUUCCUUGUGAAGAAUCCUGAAACUGAUUCAUUUACUCUGAAGGUUACUGACCAAAAAACUAACAAUGAUAUUGGCCGGCUGGAAUACCAUCUAGCCAAACUUCUGACCAGUGAAAAUUUGGAACUUAGUGACCAACCACUGCUCUUGCAACAUUCUGGACCUAUUAGCAGAGUCAGGCUUUCUUUGAGAUUAAGGAUUCUGAAACAUUAUGACCCAGAGAUAGAUGGUCCUCUUUUGGAAGGUGAUGAUGAUGCUGUAGAUGGAUCAAGUAUUUCCAGCAAAAGAGAAUCACCAAAGGCAUUGAGCAAGCAGUUCUCUCGUGGUGACUCAGUGAGGAGUGUGGGUGGACAGAGUGUCGGAGGGCAAAGUGUGGGAGGAAAGAGUGUUGGUGGGAGUAGUGUGUCCAGUGUACAGCCAUCAAAAGAUAAACUUUCCACCCAGACAUCAGUUCAGGAGGAAGCAGAAAAUUUCUCUGAGGAAUUAAGCACUCCCCUAGAGUCAACCAAUAAUGCAACUGUGCUUCACCGCACACCCAGUGCAACAUCCUCGGCUGGUGAAGCUGGCUUAGGGCGCAUUCAAAUGACCUUACGUUAUGCUGUUCCACGACAACGUCUCGUGGUAGUUAUCCACAAAGUGGCGAAUUUACCCUCAAAGGAUCCGAACAGUAUUCCUGACCCUUAUGUGAAACUAUACCUCCUUCCUGAGAGAUCUAAAGAAUCUAAACGGAAAACUGAGGUCAUGAAAGAUAAUUGCAACCCUACAUAUGAUGAAACAUUUGAGUAUAUAAUAUCCCUUGGAGACAUUAAUUCACGCCAGCUUGAAGUUACUGUUGUUACAAAAAAGACUUGGUUCCAAUCUCAGAGCCCUGUCAUGGGACAAGUUAUUCUGAAUUUGGGAGACUUGGAUUUAGUGAAAGGAUUUACUGCUUGGUAUGACCUUAUGCCGGAAACUGAACGUGAUUCUUAAUGGAAAAGCAGAGGAAGAAAUAAUUUUCUUAAAAAAAGUUUAAUUUCUAUGAUAUGACGGGUUUUU